AUGGCGGAGAUUGGAGUUCACAGAAUCCUCGUUUUGGUUAUUUCUCUGACAAAGUGUCUGGAAGGCACAAAACUGCUGGCCAACUUUAAAAAAUGUGCUGACGUGGAAUGCGAAACUUUAAUAAGCAGAGUUUUAGCCAUGAGAGAUUACAGAGGACCUGACUGCCUAUACCUGAACUUCACGAAGGGAGAAGAAAUAUCUGUUUAUGUUAAACUUGCAGGAGAAAGGGAAGAUUUGUGGGCAGGAAGCAAAGGAAAGGACUUUGGAUAUUUCCCCAGAGAUGCAGUCCAGAUUGAAGAGGUAUUUAUACCCGAGGAAAUUCAAAUACCAACCAAAGAAUCUGAUUUUCUUUGUCUUCUUGGAGUAAGCUAUGCAUUUGAAAAUGAAGAUAGUGAGUUAAAUAGUGAUGAUGGUGAAAAUAUAUACCCAUAUGAAGAUGAUGAGGACCAAAAAUCUAGUGUAUAUGAAAAUGAUUUUCAGAGAGAACCUGGAUCUUAUUUAGUUUCUGAAAGUACUUGGUAUGAAGACCAAUUUCCAUUAUUAGAGGCUCCUGAUGAUAACAAAAAAACUAGUAACUCAAAAAAUUGGGAAGGAGUAGAAGCUGGAAGUGUGAAACAGGAUCCUAUUCCAGAAGUGGAUUAUGUCCCACCGUCCACAGCUCUGCCUGAUGUGAAAGGAUGGUUUGGAUUCGGAAGGGAACAAGCAGAAGAGAUCACUUUUGAAUCAUUUAUUGAACAAGAAAGCUCAUUUCAAAGUAGAAAAAUAGCAGUAGAAGAUGAGAAGGACCUAGAGGAAUUAAAUAAUGGUGGGCCUCAAACAGAACAUAAACAAGAACCUGAAUCAGAACUCAGUUCAGUGCCAAAGAAACAGACCAGAGCAUCUGAGUCAGAGCACAUUCUCAAUCCUCAACCGACUGGUUGGUUUGGCGGUAGAUUUACAAAUUAUUUAGGUUUUGGAGGUGAGGAAACAGGGCCUGAAUUAUUGUCCCAAGAAAGCAAUCCACCACUACAAGAUGUUCCUAAUUCCAUAUCAUCUGAAGAAGAACCCACAAUUCCAUGUACAGAAAUAUUAUCAGAAAAAGAAGACACAAUCAUUAACAAUAGCUCAAUUAUCAAACCAAGUUGGUUUGAUUUUGGUUUUAGUAUGCUAGGCUUUACAUAUGCCAAUGAAGAUAAAAUUAUAACAUAUAGUGAAAAGAAAGAAGAAGGAGGCAAAGGAGAUAAACAUGAACAUCCUCCAACAAGUGAAUUUGACCCUGAUAAGAAACAAGAAAUCAAAAUAAUAAAAAUUAUGGAAAUUGAAGAUCAAUUAGGCAAGGAAGGAAUUUUAGACGAAACAGAUGAUUCUGAUACCUUACCAUAUUUUAAACAUUUCUUGUAUAAUUUUGACAACCCUUGGAACUUUCAGAAGGAAAUGGAAUUUCCAAUUCCCGAAAAGAUACUGGAUGAAAAUAAUGUAUUUGAAAAUGAUGAAACAGAAGAAUUUUCAUUUGAAAAUGAUCCCACAGCUAAUACAAAAGUUAUGAUGUUAAAAAGAAGAUACAGCCAGUCAGAUAUGAUCUCUAAAAUAGAGUUACCUAUGGGAAUUCACAAAGAUUUACACCUCAAAACUCCAUCAUCUAAAAAUAAUGAUGAAAAAUCAAAAACAUCACUAGAUACUGAAGGGCCUACUCGGGAGGAAAUAGACAUCUCUGUGGAAAGUGCCCUGCCAGUCAGUCAGAUGUUUCCAACCGAUUACUCUUUGUCUUCUCAACUUUACAUUGCUCAAAAAGAAGAUGCUGCCGGGGGUCACAUUCUGAAAUUUUUAUUUCAAACUGCUGUUUAUCAUUUCAUGAAUUUGGCAUUUUCACCAAUUGCGAUUCUUACAGAAAGGGUUGUGGCAGCAUUGCCUGAAGAUAUGAGAAAAGGUUCUAAUCCUUAUGGUUUUCCAUGGGAAUUGCUGAUAUGUGCAGUGACUGUUGGAUUUUUUGCUGUUUUCUUGUUUCUGUGGAGAAGCUUUCGAUCGAUUAGAAGCCGGCUUUAUGUGGAAAGAGAGAAAAAGCUUGCUGUAGAACUUUCUACACUAAUCGAAGAAAAAUGUAAACUACUUGAAAAAUUUAGCCUUGUACAAAAAGAGUACGAAGGCUUAGAGUCAUUAAAGGAUUCCAAUUCUGAGAAGGAGUCAACAGAAGCUCAAAAUUUGGAGUUUGUUGAAGACUCACAAAUAUCAGAGGCAAUCUGUGAAAAGCUGAACAGUUCCAAAUCUGAAUUUGAGGAUGAAAUAGACUUUCUAGAAAAGGAGCUAAAGGAAGAGAAAUCUAAACAUUCUGAACAAGAUGAAUUGAUGGUGGAUAUUUCAAAAAGGAUACAGUCCUUAGAAGAUGAAUCAAAAUCACUCAAAUCACAAGUAGCUGAAGCCAAAACAACCUUCAAAAUAUUUCAAAUGAAUGAAGAACGACUUAAGAUAGCUAUAAAAGAUGCUUUGAGUGAAAAUUCCCAACUUCAGGAAAGCCAGAAACAGCUUUUACAAGAAGCUGAAGAAUGGAAAGAACAAGUGAGUGAACUUAAUAAACAGAAAAUAACAUUUGAAGACUCCAGAGUACAUGCAAAACAAGUUCUUUGUGAUAAAGAAAAUCAGAUCAAGUCUCUGACUGAACGCUUGCUAAAAAUGCAAGAUUGGGCUGCUGUGCUUGGAGAAGACAUAACAGAUGAUAACUUGGAAUUGGAAAUGAAGAGCGAGUCAGAAAAUGAUGCACUUUCAGAUAAUGAACCAAAAGGGGCUUUGAGGAAGCUGAUUCAUGCUGCUAAGUUAAAGGCUUCUUUAAAAACCCUAGAAGGAGAAAGAAACCAAAUAUACACUCAAUUAACUGAAGUAGAUAAAACAAAGGAAGAUCUUACAGAGUGUAUUAAAAAUAUCCAGACUGAACAAGCAUGUUUGCAGCCAGAAAAUGAACAUCUUGAAAAUGAGAAUCAAAAGCUUCAGCACAAACUUAAAGUAAUGACUGAAUUAUAUCAAGAAAAUGAAAUGAUACUUCAUAGGAAAUUAACAGUAGAAGAAAAUUACCGGUUAGAGAAAGAGGAAAAACUUUCUAAAGCAGAUGAAAAGAUCAGCCAUGCAGCUGAAGAGCUGGAGACCUAUAGAAAGCGAGCCAAAGAUCUUGAAGAAGAAUUGGAGAGAACCAUUCAUUCUUAUCAGGGACAGAUUAUAUCUCAUGAGAAAAAAGCACAUGAUAAUUGGUUGGCAGCUCGGACUGCUGAAAGAAACCUCAAUGAUUUAAAGAAAGAAAAUUCUUACCUCAGACAAAAAUUAACUGAAACAGAGAUUAAAUUUGAACUUUUAGAAAAAGAUCCUUAUGCAGUUGAUGUUCCAAAUACAGCAUUUGGCAGAGAGCAUUCCCCAUAUGGUCCCUCACCAUUGGGUCGACCUUCAUCUGAAACGAGAGCUUUUCUCUCCCCUCCACCUUUGUUGGAGGGUCCACUCAGACUCUCACCUUUGCUUCCAGGGGGAGGAGGAAGAGGCUCAAGAGGUCCAGGAAAUCCUCAGGACCAUCUGAUUACUAAUGAAAGAGGAAAAUCAAGCUAUGAUAAGUCAACUGAUCCUCACAGGGAACCUUCUGACACUGGGUCCCUUUCACCUCCAUGGGAACAUGAUCGUAGGAUGAUGAUUCCUUCGUCUGGCCAACCUUAUUCUGAUCCAGCUCUUCCUCCACAAAGGCAAGACAGAUUUUAUUCUAAUACUGGUAGACUCUCUGGACCCGCAGAACUCAGAAGUUUUAAUAUGCCAUCACUGGAUAAAGCAGAUGGGCCAAAGUCUUCAGAAAUGGAAUCCAGUGGAAAUGAUAGCAAAGACGAUCUUGGUAAUUUAAAUGUGCCUGAUGCAUCUCUCCCCACCAAAAGUGAAGCAGCUGGCCCUGGCUUUGGUCCUCCCGUCAGAGGCCCAUUGUUUCCAAUGGAUGCCCGGGGCCCGUACCUGAGAAGAGGUCCUCCUUUUCCUCCCCCUCCGGGAAGCAUGUAUGGCGCUUCCCAUGAUUAUUUUCCUCCAGGAGACUUUCCCGGUCCACCACCUCCUCCAUUUGCAAUGAGAAAUGUCUACUCACCGAGAGCUUUUCCUCAUUAUCUUCCUCCAAGAGCUGGAUUUUUUCCCCCACCCCCUUCCUCACAUCCAGAAAGUAGAAGUGAGGUCCCAUCAGGGUUGAGUCCACCUUCAAAUGAGCCUACUACUGAGUGAACAUCCAGAACCACAAAAAACUUGACAAUAUUUUUGGUCUCUCUUCAAAAGCAAUUAUUUUUCUUUAUUUUAUUUUUUUAAUUAAAACAAUUGGGGUGACAUAAGAUUAUAUAGGUUUCAAGUGUACAUUUCUCUGAUACAUGAUCUGUAUCAAAAGUAAUUUUGAUUUCUCUCAUUUUCAGUUUAAGUAACAGCUGUUACUUAAGUGACUAUACUUACGCUCAAAUUGGAGCUUAAUGGAACUACAUUCUCAGGAUAGUAUUUUGUAAAUAAAGAUGAUUUAAAUAUGAAUUUUAUGAGUAAGUUAUUUCCAUUUUAUUUUAUUCCACAUAGUAUAAUUAAUUUGGUUAACGAAUCCACUAUCACAUGAACAAUAAUGGGAGUUUCCUUUAUGUAAUCUUGCAAUUGGGGAUGUUUCAAACUCCAAAGGCUGUGUCUUUAUGCCAAGAACUGCAUUUACUAUGAUUAUAGACAAAUGUGAAAGUAACUUAUACUUCAUUAAAUAAAUUUUAAUUGAUUUAAAGACUUGUUUGACAUUGAUAAUAAAGUCAGCUAGUUUUUUCAUAAAUAUGGUUACAUUAGUUUUUUUCUUCCUCCCAGUAGCUUUGAGGCUCACAAUUAAUGCUUUAUUAUGGGUCUUUUUCAUUCAGUUAUCUUACCAAAAGUGUGCCCUAUAUCUCGCAAAUAGAUGUGAAUGACCUGAUGCAACAAAUUAAUAUACUUUUAACGGUCAAAAUUUAUUAUAUUUUAAAGAAAACCAGGAUAUUGUCUAAUGGUAAAUUUCAUUGGUUUCCUUAUUUUAUUUCUUUUCUUCAUUUGUAAGAUAUUUACUGUUUUUAGUGGGGAAUGUUGAGUUUAUUAUAGGAUAACUAUACUGAGGCAGUGUGUCAUCAUAUUGAGCUUUGGACUCAAUUAUCUUGAGAAUGUUUCCCUAACUCAGGUUUGUAUUCUGUUAGUCUUCUUGCACAUUACUAUGAUUAUGAAAGGGUAAUAAAUAUUACAAUCCUCAUA